UAUGGCGAGUUCGCGUUUGGAGGGUAGGGAGGAUGAGGAGCAGCGGACGGUUGCGUACAGAGUGGCGCGAUAUCUGAUUGAAAUUGAGUUUGAUUCAGUUCAAAUCCUCAGUAACAUCCCAGCGGAGCUCUACCAGUCCAACCUCGAACAGCCUUCGCUACUAAUUCUCCUACCACCAGAAGAGUCGUCGUCACCCAGAGACUCUGGAUUCACCCCAACAUCCCCCAUCGCAAACGCAGUACCAAGAAACGCCCUCGUUCAUAUCGUUACUCUCGGACCAACUUUUACCCUUGCGGCACUUCGGUCAUACAAGCAUAGUUUGGCACGUCUACAGGCAAUGUAUGCUGCUGAAGAAUUCGAAGGACUGAGAGAAGGAGGCGUGGAUGUUGCGGACAGAGAAGCAGCUGCCAAGGUUGCGCUCGGUAAACACCAGCAGGUUUGGUUGGGUGCCGGUCCGGGUACGCCAUCCAAGGAGUUCGAGUUCAUGAUCGACAAAUACACGCCUCACAAGUCCCAUCCAGAGGUCAAUCUUAAGCGGGAUUUGGACGCUAUCCACGACUUAAUGCCUCGUCAUAAGUCGCUGCUGCAUAGCUGGGACUUUCCGGCGCUGAGUUUGGAUGCGGAUGGGUUGAGCGUGACUGCGUUCUUGAUUUUGGAGCAUGUGAUGAACUUGGAGGGAUGUCAAAGAUACCGGAUCGGCAGUGAACGGCUGUGGACGUUUGUUAGGAAUGUGGAACGCGGAUACUGGGAGGGAAAUGCGUACCAUAACUGGACGCAUGCGGUCGAUGUGUUACAAGGAGUCUUCCAUUUCGCACGGAACGCGGGAUGGAUUGGGGAUAUCUCGGGCUACGAACAGGAUCCAAACUCGGAGUGGGAGGCAAGGGGUGGAAUGGGUGAGCCAGUCGUCGAGUUGACGCAUUGUGACGUGCUGGCGUUGUGUAUUGCGGCGAUUGGACAUGAUCUUGGACACCCUGGGUUGAACAACAACUUCUUGAUCAACGCUUGUGCACCAAUCGCGUUACUCUACAAUGACCGUUCGGUGCUGGAAAACUUCCACUGUUGUGCGUUGAGGGAGUUCUUGAGGAGGCAUUGGAUGGAGGUUUUGGUGCCUGAGAUUCGGAUCAGGAUUUUCGAGGCGGUGUUGAGUACUGAUAUGGCAUUGCAUUUCGAUUAUGUCGGCCGGAUUAAUCAGCUUUCGACGCCCGGAUUGGGUACGGAUGCGGAAGGAGCAAAGCGCCGUGGUUUGAUUUGUGCUGCACUCCUAAAGUGCGCUGAUAUCUCCAACGUCGCAAGGCCUUACGAGCUGUCUCUUGAAUGGUCAAGAGCCCUCAUCGAUGAGUUUGCUGCGCAAUCUCAGACGGAGCAGAAGUUGGGUCUGCCACCCGCUGUACCACCACCUGCGACGAAUGUCCAGGCGCAGAGUAAGGGACAGGUUGGUUUCAUUGACUUGUUUGCUUUGCCGCUGUUCAGGACUGUGGCGGGUGUGUUGCCGAGUAUGGGAUACUAUGUGGAGAGGAUGGUAAGAAACAGGGAGACUUGGGCCGUUGCGGGUGGUAUGCAGCCCUCACCAAUGACGUUGCCUAUACCACUUGGUGCUCCAGUACAGUCGCCACCACCACCAGCCCAGCAUGUUCCGCAGCCUGCACCACCGGCGAUGAGCCCACCUGCUGCGGUCGUGACUGUCGCACGGGGGAGCUCCCGAGCCUCGAGUCUUGAGGAGAAGCCUAUUCCGCCACCAAAGCCACUGCCGACCACGGCCAUGCCUCAAGUUCCCGUCUCUGUCGUUUCUCCAGGUACGAAUGGACGGACUACUCCCCCUUCACAAGCUCUGGCCCCACCAGGUUCUAGCUCAGGUGGUAGCAAUUCCUCGAGUUUGAGACAUGCUGUGUCAACACCCAAUUUCGCAAGAACUGAUAGCUCGAGUCCAAAGGAGGAGGGAACUAGCACUGGAGAGAAGAAAUGGAAACAGAAGUUGACGUUCUGGAAGAAGGGCAGGGAAUGA